AAAAGUAAACAUGGCGACCUCCAUGAAAUGUGAAAUUACUUCUCACGAUAAUGCUAUAUUAUCACAAAUAUUCAACCCUAAUUUACCAUAUUUAGAGUGUGAAGAGAAAACGUGCGAUACGCCAGUUUUCAUAGAACCACCACCAAGUCAGGCUGUACUUGAAGCAAAAGAACUAGAGUUGCAAGGUGUACAACUUGCCGAAACUGGAGAUAUUGAUGGAGCUCUGAAUUUGUUCAACCAAGCUGUAGCGAAGGCUCCGGAGUGGCCAUCUGCUUACAAUAAUAGAGCACAGGCUUACAGAAUGAAAGGACAAAAUGAAGAGGCUCUACUGGAUUUGAGUAAAGCAAUACAGUUGAGUAAUGGUAUAGGGAAACCAGCUAAACAAGCUUUUACCCAGAGAGCUCUUUUAAGAAAAUUAGCAGGAAAUGAUGAGGAUGCUUUGGAGGAUUUUAAGAAAGCUGCUCAGCUGGGAAAUGAGUUUGCUAAACAGCAGAUAGUAGCUGCUAAUCCAUAUGCUGCCAUGUGUAAUGCCAUGUUGGGAGAAGUCAUCCACAAAAUUCGAACAGGAGAACAGUCAACUAAUUAAAAACAUUGAUAAAACAGUGAUAUGAAGAAAAACAUUAAAUUUUAAUAUCUUAUAAUUUGAAAGAUUUCCAUAGUUUAGCAAUAAUUAUCAUUCUGGGACUAGGGCUAACAUAUAAACUAACAGAUCAUCCCAUAAUAAAAUUUCAGAUUGUAUUUGAAGGCAUGUAGCCUACAAAGUAUUUAGUUUAUAUCCUAGUAACUGAUGAUUAAAAUACGGUACCAAGUUGAGUGGUUGGUUUAUCUUCUGCUUUUCAAAUUCAUGCGAGUAUCGGUGACAGCUCCUUUGAGAACAAGGUCUAACACAUUUUCUCUUGGUUGUGCUCGUGCAAAGUCUUUUGAAAACUUGUUCAACUGUACAAUUACACUAGGUGUGUGUUGUCAUAUUUAUGCCAUUAAUUAUGGUACUUUUCUGUUUUGUCAGCAGUUACUGUGGUUUGGGUGACGGACCAAACAUACAAGCCUGGGCAUAAGGCCUCUGUCACAGACUUUGUGCAUAUAUGUCAUGUUAUAAAAUGUGUCUGACAAAGUCUGUGGCAACUGCCUUCUGUCCAGGCUUGCACACAUAGAAUAUUAAAACCUAGUUGUAAGAAAAAUUAAAAGUAUUUUUCUGUUUCUUCGCGACUUUUAUCUGGUCAUAUAUACAUAAAUAUAUAUAUUUUAUAGAGUUAUAUUUAAUGAAAUGUGUAAAUAUUAACAGUGGAGAGUGUUUUACAAGUAUUUUGUUCUGAAUAAUAAACGUAACGUUUUAGAAAUUAUUUAAUGUAUCAGUGUUUUGGAAGUAGGCCUACGUCGGGCAGCACUUAAUAUAUUUUAGAAAGCCUACAAGUAACAUAAUAAAGUUUCUAGGUUAUUGAUUUGGCAUAUAUUUUUAUCAAGUGAUAAUGUAGUUAUAAAAUGGAAAAAAUUGAUGGCGUGAUAUUUUGAUAUAGGGUAAUAUGCUAAUAAUCUCAAAAUAUUUUAUUUUUACUAUUGAAGGAGUGUUAUUUGUAUAUACAUAUGGCAGCUAGCCUAAUAAUGGCCGAAAGAAUGGGUAUAUUAUUGAUAAAAGAUUGGUGGGAUAUGAUUGAGAUAUGUUUAAUAUAUUAUAGUUAAAUUGUUAUGUUGACAGGUGAUAGAAUAUAUGCAUGUGUACACAGGGGCGUACAUAUUGAUUUUGUUUCGGGCUGAGGUGUUUAGGAAAACUGAGACCUGCUGAUGCACAGACCCCUAAUACGAGUGACGCAGCUCCGAUCCAAGCAGGACAGGUGCGAGCGUUCUAGUGGAUCCGGGGGGGGGCAUGCUCACCCAUGGAAAUUUUUAAAUCUAGAGUCCCUGAAAUGUCAUUUCGUGGACUUUGGGGGAAGAUUUUGUAGAAUUCUGAUGGUCAGAAAACACUUAACAUGAGUAAAAUUGAGUACUAUGCAUGAGAAUUCAGGUUUUUUAUUAAGAAAUAUGCAAAAACGUACAAAGGACUGUUAAACAGUGACAACUUCGGAAAAGUGAUAAUAAUUUACAUGGACCUAUAUCUUUGAUAUAUUGUUGUGAUGAAUAUACAUGUACAUAAAUUAGCAAAGAUAUGACUAUGUCCUCAUAUUUUCAUCAAGUGUCUGCACCAAAUCAAGUUUGACCACCGAUUGAUGGUCAAGAUUGAUCGUGUCUGCCAUUGAGGCGUUCCUGUUUCAUCACUGAAUGCAUAACAGUUUUAACAAAUUUGAACUUUGAAAAACUGACACGUAUUGUGAUAUCGAAUCAAAGCAAUCAUAAGUAUACAUAGAUAUAUUCAUACAUAUAUUAAGUAUUUUGGAUUUUUCCCUUGUAUUUUGUUUACCUCAUUCAUUCAUUUAGUCGCUAAUGCAUAAUUUUGGGACCGACUGCACUUAUUUUGCAAUCGACUAUUAUAGUAUUUACGCCCCUGUUUGUAGUUUGAAUAAAACUACACAUUUUUAGUCUUUCUUUUUACAUGUAUUGAUGAUUAUUAUUGGCAUAAAUAAUAAAAAUUAAAACACAAUGUAGUAAACAUUGUUUU